UAUAGGAAAAUUCAUCCUCUAAGGGAUGAAUAUUCGGUAAAAAUACUUAUUUUUCAAAGCGGCAAUUUUUCCAUUACCCAAUACUAGCAAUAGCUCUCUCACCAAACCCGGACAUGGCGAGGUAUCAAGAAGCUUAAAUCCAAAGCUUCUUGCGAGGAAUGCACAAUGGAAAUUUUUCCACAACUCAACACUAUCCAUAAGUGAUAGUGACAGUGAGAGAGUGACAGAGUGAGUGCACGAAAACAAAAGGACAGUGGGGCAAAUUACACGGACGAAGUCAAAUUAUGGGUGGUAUUAUAGAAAUACGCUGAAUUAUGAGGAGUAAUAACAAUAUUCAGCAAUGCAAAGAAGAUAAUUUGUUAACAUUUUAACAGCGAAUAAGUAUAUACUUUCAAUAAUGCCGACCUAUUACGAAUGGUCGUCAUUGAAGAAAGAGAAACGGGAUGCUCAAGAAUGUCCAAAGUUUGAAGUAAACUGUCAUCCCUUGAAAAUCAACACUGUUACAAUUAAACAAAGCUCUAGCAAGACUUUUAUGGAAAGUCUUAACAAAUGGAGCUCAGGAUUCGAGGAGGUCGACCCAUUGUUAAGAUUUGAACAGAUAAAUUUAGAGGAGGACAUAUGUGCCCUUGCAGUGACAGAUAUGUCAGUGAACUACUCCAAAGCUUGGUCCUCUAGAAAGACUGCAAUACUUAACAAAUACACUACUGGAGAAAAGCUGACUAUUGUUAGUAGUUUUCUACCGGGUGGUGAAAAAAUUAGUUCAUUUUCAGCCCUAAUCAGACAGGUUUCAAAUUUAAAUGAGAAAGUAAAGCACAGAUUGGAACAAUUGGAUGAUUUUGAGGAAGGCUCUGUUCGGAAAACACAGGGUUUGAGUCAGCAGGAAUUCGUGACGAAAAUUAACAUGUUGGGUGAUGAAAUAAAAAAGGCAUGGAACUCCGAACAAAGGGUGCGAGCAUUUAAAAUUGGAAUACAGUGUUCAAAAUUAUUAUCAGAUGUUAAUGUAAUGCAAUUUUAUCCAAGCAAAUUUGUAUUGAUUACUGAUAUUCUUGAUACUUUUGGUAAUUUGGUGUUUGACCGACUCAAAGGGAAAAGCUUUGGCAAAGUUGAUAUUAAAAACAUUUUCGAAAUAAAUUCCUCAUCAGUGCCUGAAACAGCAAAAGAAACCUGUCAAAAUUGGAUGUUCAAAAUGGCCUCUAUCAGAGAACUACUCCCUCGUCUGUACAUGGAAAUGACUUUACUCAAGUGCUACGUUUUCAUAAACAAAGAUGAAAUAAGGCCAGCAAUAGCGCGGUUGACGAAAAUGAUCAGAGGCAUCGGUAACCCGCUGGUCGCGAUUUAUUUAAGACUUUACCUAUGUCGAGUCGCUUCCAAGUUGUUGGAUAGGAAUAGUGAAGAAUAUUUCUAUGAUAAUCUUAAAGAGUUUCUUGGAGAAUAUCAACAGAUAUUCCACCCUAUAAUGCGCAAAAAAUACGAAGGUCAGUUACUAACACUGGAUAAAUAUUUGAGCUUGUUCGUGCCGGCUGUGGAUUGGCUAUUAUUCGGCACAUUAAACUCCAAUAGAUGCAAACUAAGUCUACUCGAAGAAUUAUUGAAUGAAUGUGAACAAAUAGAAAACAAUGAAUUGUUGCUGUCUUGUGUUGUAUCGGCCUUCGAUUCUAUGUACGUUAACAAAAAGACGUCAAUCAUUUUGGAUAUGGUGCAGAAUUCUGCCGAGAAAAUGGUACUUCUAAAUGAAAUCCUAACGUCACUUGGAGAACACCUUUGCUCAGCUGACAACUACAGACAGCAGUCUUCCGAAACACUUAUACAGACCUGGUGGAAGAUCGCCAGUAAUAUCAAAUCGACGUAUCAUUUCUUACAAGUUUUGGAACCGUGGUUGCAGUAUGCUUGCACACAUUUAUCAACGCAACACGUAAAUAUAAUCCUGCGUGGCACGAUCCGCUACAUGAUCAAGUGCGGUAAACCUGCGGACGAUUUCUCUGGAAACUUUCAGUUUGUACUGAAGCGGAUGCUCAAAUCUAUUCCUGAUGUUGAGGAAUUGUUUUUAAUGGAUGCAUUUAUGCCGCUGUUGGAGCUAGUGCAAACUAUAAGCGCGCGAACGAUGAUGGCCAAGACGGUUCUCUCUCUGUUCUUCGAGAGGUACAACGGAGUUCAGAUCGAGGACCACAUCGUCAUCUCCAGUCUCAUGAGGCUAUGUUGUAUAUUGCAUGACUCUAUCAACGCGGUGACAGUGGAUGACGAAGUCAAGCUUUGCGCCGAACUGAUCACGAAAUUCGUGCAGGCGGUCAAUUACCAUGACGACUUGGAGCAACAGCUGAACUUCUACGUUGAAUGUCGUUCGGCCUUCAUUAAGCUUGACGUUGUGCUCAUUGCACUUGUGCAUGCAGUGAACACACUUGCAACAAAACCCGACGCAGCGCAAGGGAAAUGGCUGCAGCGCGCAUGCGCGGCUUACAGCUUUGUCACAGUGCCGUCGUUGAGAUGUGCACUUACUAAAGCGCAACUGUACCUUGUAUGUGGUCAAGUGGCCUUGAUGAACAACUGUGUUGGACAGGCUGAAGCAAACUUUAAGGCGUUCGUAAGUUUAAUUCCGGACAUACCCGAAUUCUUAAUAGAAAACGAGCAAAAGAAACCGACACACAUCAAAGUUGAAGGCUUGCUCAGUAAUUUUUUGUCUACACUAUUGGUAUUACCGGACAAUGUAGACAGUAAUUGCAAAGCGUACAUAUUAAGCGGCUUCAUAAAGACCAUGGAGAGAAUACACUGGAAGAAGACUGAACCUUUGUACUAUGCUACGUUACUUCGAACUCUCGACUUGCUUUGCCAUAUGACACAGGAGAGCUACGCGUAUCAUAUAGACGCAGUACUGUCAAAUGACAAACUAUACGGAUCGGAAGCGGAAUUCAUAGAGACAUUGGAAAAGUAUGCUACAAAUAUAUGCCAAGAACUAUUAAUCGUGUUAAAGCAACUUGGAAAUGCUAAGGAGACCAGGAAACAAUACAACUUGGCCAUGGAACUGUUUUGGAGGGUUAUAAGACGUGGUAAUUUGGAGAAAGGCACGAUGAUGAACUUAGCUGCCAAUUUGUGGAUGUUGUCACAGAAAUUGCAGGAUUCUAAUAAUAAAAUUUCAAAGGCGAUAUUGUUAGCUUUAGAAAAGGACAGUAAGCCGGUUAGUCAACAACUGUACCAGAAACUAACGGACAAUGUUAGAACUAAUUGAACUGCAUUCCAUAAGGCAAAUAGUUAAGUGUAACAUUUGUAAAACGAGCUCUAAGCAAUCGCGGUGCGAUUUUAAUGCAAUUUCGUUAUUUCGCCCUCGAAUGUGUAGAAUUUGUUGCAUGUUAUAAUUCAUAGAGUAAGAUUAUUUACUA